AUGGGUGUUCAAGUCUACACAAACGGAUUUCGACAUGCAUUUGGUAUUUGUCAGAUGAACCUCAAGAUAGUAGGACUAUGGCCUAACUUAAAUGAUUCAAAAGCUAAGGAUAUUAUUUCAUUGUUACGUUUGAUAAUAACGUUUUUUACAAUAAUAACCUUUGUAACGAUGGCCCAAACGACAAAAUUACUUAUGAUUUGGGGUGACUUAAACUCAAUGAUAGAUACCCUUUCUACGGCAAGUUUACCAAUUACUGUGACGGUGCUAAAAACAAUUUUAUUUAUCAACCAUAAGAGAGAAAUAGCAGCAUUGUUAUUAUCUGUCUUCAAAGAUUGGAGUGCUUAUAAAUCAGAAAAAGAAGUAAGAAAUAUGUUCACAAAUGCCCAAACUACACGUAAAAUAUCAUAUAUCUGUAUGUGUCUUGGAAUCGGUUCUGUUAAUGGUUACGUAGCCAUACGUAUGAGCCAGGAGAUGGAUGUACUACCUGGACAGAUAAAUAAACGAGAACCAAUGCUCAUUUCAUAUUUUCCCUAUGACUAUAAGCCAAGCCCAAUUUACGAAAUCACUUGGCUACUUCAAUACGCGGGAGCCAUCCUAGCAACGUUUAUCUACUCUGGUAUCCAUUGUCUUUUUGUAGGUUUAGUUUUACAUCUUCGAGGUCAAGUGAAAAAUCUCAGAUUAAGUAUGAAGGUCUUAGAAUUCGAUGAUAAGAACCAGCAUGAGACAAGAUUCAAACAGGAGAUAGGAUUUAUUGUGGAAAGACACGAACAUCUGAACAGUGCUAAUAACAAGACCUAUUAUAAAGUUUUCUUUACGUUGAUUUCUGCUGACAAAAAAAAUAUGUACUUGCCACUUCUGCAAAUUAUUUUUAUGAUGAUAUACGUUAUGCACAUCGGAACUCAUAUAUUUAUUUUUUGUUUCGUAGCUGAAAAACUGCAGGAUGAGAGCUUGUUGAUUCGUGAAUCUGCAUAUAAUUUCCAAUGGUACGAGAUGUCACCAGAAAAUUCGAAACUUCUGUUGCUGAUAAUUCAAAGAUCACAAAAACCAUUAGUAGUGACAGCAGGAAAAUUUUGUUCCUUUUCCUUACAUCUUUUUGCCCAAAUUAUCAAAACUUCAGGUGGAUAUUUAUCAAUGUUACUUGCUAUAAAAGAUAGAAUGUGAGUUGUCGUUUUCUAUUUUUAGUAAGAUCUAAAUUUAAAAAAAAUACAAC